CAUUGUUGUUGGCCUCUGAAUGCUCACUACCCACCAUCGGAGGAAGAUAGAAGGCGACUGGAACAAGCUGGCUCACGCCAUCUUCUUCCCCAAUUACCAGAUAGAAGAUUAAAGCUAAGUAAAGUAAAUCAAUCAAGGCCGGCGAGUGUAUAUAGAUCGAUCAAGAUGAAUGACUUAUUCUCUAACAGCUCGUUUAAGCGCUACCAGGAUAAUGAUCUGGAGGCGGGAGGCGGCGGGCCGGCGCCGGCGGCGGGGAAUGAUGAAUCCGCCGAUCUGAACAAGUUUUUCGAAGAUGUGGAGAACGUGAAGAGUGACAUGAAGGAUGUGGAGGCACUGUACAAGAAGUUGCAGGAAGAGAACGAGGAGUGUAAGACGGUCCACAAUGCCAAAACCAUGAAGAAUCUGAGGUCGAAGAUGGACGGGGAUGUGGCGCAGGUGUUGAAGCGCGUCAAGGUGAUCAAGGGCAAGCUGGAAGCUCUGGAACGGUCCAACGCCGCGUCCCGCCAGGUGUCCGGCUGCGGCCCCGGCUCCUCCACCGACCGGACCAGAACCGCCGUGGUGGGCGGGCUUGGCAAGAAGCUGAAAGUGAUGAUGGACGACUUUCAGGCGCUGAGGGCGAAGAUGAACGCCGAGUACAAGGAGACGGUGGCGAGGAGAUUCUUCACCGUGACGGGCGAACAGCCCGACGACGACGUAAUCGACAACCUGAUCGCCAGCGGCGAGAGCGAGUCGUUCCUUCAGAAAGCCAUCCAGGAACAAGGGCGGGGACAGAUAAUGGACACCAUAUCGGAAAUUCAAGAAAGGCACGACGCGGUGAAAGAGAUAGAGAAGAACCUGAUCGAACUCCACCAGAUAUUCUUGGACAUGGCGGCGCUGGUGGAGGCGCAAGGGCAGCAGCUGAACGACAUAGAGAGCCACGUGGCGAAAGCCAGCUCCUUCGUCCGGCGAGGUACCGAGCAGCUCCAAGAAGCCGAGGAGAUUCAGAAGGAGUCCAGAAAGUGCACUUGCAUUGCUAUUAUUCUCGUCAUUGUUCUCAUCAUCGUCCUUCUUUUCCCAAUUUGGUCCAAUCUUUUGAUGCUUCAUCUCAAGUAGAUCAGAACAAUUGGCCCGGGGGAUAUGGUAAAACAAUAUCUAAAUUUUGAAAGAUUUGUAAUUUGGAAAACCAUUUUUGCAAAAUAUAUGUAAGCUUCAGAUUAAUUUAUUUAUUCAUUUAUAUUUUCAGAUUUUGUAAUAAUGUAUUAAUGUGUAGUCUAUGAAUGAUUAAUCAUUACUAAUGUA